AAUAUUUUUUUAAUUAAUUCCUAUUUAUUUCGUAAUUUUUCUCCCAACUUUAUUUCCAUUCCUCUACUUUUUCCUGCAAAAACCCUAAUUUUACAACCCGAAAAUACCAGGAAAUUUGAAUUUUCCGGUUCAACUCUGUAGCAGUGUAGCUCUGUUUUUUGCUCUGCAAUGGCAGUGAUUAUGCCAUGAUAAGUUGAGGGAGUCCGGAAAAAUAUAUUCUUGCUGCUGUUGUACUCUGUUGAUCUUUGAAAAUAGAAUCUCAAUUCUUUGAUUUUUGGAUUUACAGAGUUUCUGAAGUAGGUUUUCUUUGUAUUGUGCCUUGUAUUGCUGUUAAAUACUCCACCUUUAUUAGAACUUCCUUGUUGUAAGGUGGUUAUUCAGUUGCUCAGAGUGCCUGAGCUGAAAAAGAUUUGAGCUUUACUAGUUCAGUGAGUUUAGGGUUUUGUUUUAGAGUCCUUUUGUAAGGGUUUAAGGAUUUUUUGAGGUAUCUGUUUGUUUAGUAUAUGAAUGGAGGAAAAGGAAGGGUUAAAUGGUUCUGGGGUCACAGUUAAAGGUGAUGAAGCCCCUCAGAGCUACAGGGUGGAGCCAAGAGUUGAAAAUUCCGGCCAGUUUGGUGGAUCAACUGCUCCUCCCACACAGGCGGCGCCGGUAAGCGUUGCUCCGCCGUCAUCGGAGGUGAAGAAGAAGAGGGGAAGGCCAAGAAAGUAUGGAGCGGAUGGAACUAUUGUGGCAUUGUCGCCUAUGCCGAUAUCGGCUUCGAUUCCCUUCACGGGUGAUUAUUCAGCUUGGAAGCAGAGUUCGGGCCGGCCCGUUGACUCUUUCAAGAAGAAACAUAAGUUGGAAUUUGGAAGCCCAGGGCGAACAAUGUCAACACCUGGCGGUGGAAGCUUUACGCCCCACAUGAUAACUGUUAAUGCUGGCGAGGAUAUCAUGAUGAAGAUAAUAUCUUUCUCUCAGCAAGGAUCUAGAGCCAUUUGCAUUCUAGCUGCAAAUGGUGCUAUCUCAAAUGUUACACUGCGUCAACCUAAUUCUUCUGGUGGUACUCUAACCUAUGAGGGUCGUUUUGAAAUCCUUUCGCUCACGGGAUCAUUUAUGCCUAGUGAUAAUGGAGUGACAAAAAGCAGAUCUGGUGGGAUGAGCGUCUCCCUGGCAGGCCCUGAUGGCCGUGUCUUGGGGGGAGGACUAGCUGGCAUGCUUGUCGCAGCUGGGCCUGUUCAGGUUGUGAUCGGCAGCUUUCUUCCGGGAGUCCAGCAGGAGCAAAAGCCUAAGAAACCAAAAUAUGAACAGACAAUAUCAUUUGCUCCCGCCCCUGCUAAUCCUAUUUCUGAAGAAAGAUAUGAAGCAGCCUACAAUGGACCAAAGCCAAAUUUUACGACAUCUGUAAACUCCAUGCAUGGUUCGAAGAUCUCAGAUCCCGAAAAUAAUGUUUCAUUGCCAGGAGAAGAUUCUAGAGAGCGGAACCAUGAAAUAACAUGCUGAUUGGAUUUUUGUAUCCUUAUGUUGUGUCUUAGCUGGUUUUAUCUGCCGUAGAAAUUUUAGGCUCACUUCUUCUGACCCCUUUUACAAAGAGAUGACUGGAUGUUAUCGCAGAACAAAGUUGAGCAUGAUUUCUCUGUUUGACCCCAAGCUUACGUUCUUCUUGUUUAGGCACUAGGGUAGGAGUUUAUGCUGGUAGAAUCACCCUAUUUUCCUCAUCGAUUCUCUGUUGUGUGUAACUUGAUGUUGUAUUUCGAAAUGUAUCAAACUCGACUUAUUAUUACUAUUAUUAUUUUUAGUUGUAGUUGAACAA